AAAAAUGUAUUAGAAAGGUCUGCCAAUAUGUUUUAUGUCCUUUAUAGUGUUCGUACAGUUUUUGUAUUACUUAAUUUUGUUUCUACAAUCCAAAAAUAACCACCUAACUAAAAUCCUAAUACACCUACACAAACAAUAAUAUUUUUUGGCAGAUAUAAUAAUUUUUGGCUGAUGCAACCACUGUCGCUGCGGUAUUAAGUGCACUAACAUUCAAGUUCAUUAAAUCUUUGUAACUUAAAUGUAACCGAUAAACGGUCAAACAGUUUUAAAAACAAAACGUUUCUUUAUUCACAAGCGGUCAGAUCUCAGCACAAGUUUGACGACCAAAUGUUUAGUUACCAAAAUGACAGUGCAAAGCAACGAAACGGGAGUUGAUUUAAAUAAUACUGAUAGUUUGAAAGAAGUGAAUAAGAAGAACAGUGUAAAUUAUAAUGAACCAGCAGAUUUCGAAAAAGCCAUUUCAGCCACAAAAUGGGGCAAAUUCAACAUCCUGCUAUACAUCAUUGCCAUUCCUGCUGGUUGGUCCUCAAUUUUUGAAACCACCACGAUGUCCUAUGUUUUUCCUGCAGCCCAAUGUGAUUUGGAUUUGACGUUGGAAAAUAAGGGAUUUUUAAAUUCAGUCACAUAUUUAGGAAUGAUAUCCAGUGCAUUUAUAUGGGGAUUUUUGUGUGACACCCUGGGAAGAAAAAAGUUACUAUGCAUAGGGUUACUAUUGGACAGUUUUUUCGUUCUGAUGACCGGUCUUUCACAGAACUAUACCACAGUGGUGAUAGGAAAAUUUUUGGGGGGAUUCAUUAUAAAUGGACCUUUUGCAGCUUUAACUUGCUAUGUUUCUGAAUUCCACUGCGCUCACCAUAGAGCAAGGGUACAAAUGGUUUUGGGGAUUAUUUUUAGCUGUGGAACUGUUGUAUUACCUUUAUUAGCUUGGGGUAUUCUAACCCUGGGAUUCGAUUUUACAUUGGGAGAAUCAUUUAAAAUCCAUUCAUGGAACAUCUACUUAUUUAUCUGUGCCGUCCCAGCCCUAAUAAGCGGCGUGUGCUUCAUGUUUAUGCCCGAAACACCAAAAUUCCUGAUGACCACUGGCAACAACCAAAAAGCGUUGGAAAUAUUUCAAAAAGUUUACAGUUUAAACACUGGAAAGCCCAUGGACACUUACCCGGUAAAAUUACUAGUGGAUGAAGUGAGUACGGCGGAUUCAACGAAAACAGCACAGGACGUGCAAGAUAGGUCCAAGUCCCAAGUUUUGAAAGACGGUUUCACCCAGUUGGCCCCAUUAUUUUCUGCGCCAUACCUAUGCAAGAUCCUGCUAGUUUGCUCCAUGCAAUUUUUGUUUAUGAUGAGUUUAAAUACGCUUCGUUUAUGGCUGCCUCAAUUGUUCCAAGCCAUCAAUGAUUAUCAGACAAGUCAUAACGGCGGUACAAGCAGUCUGUGCGAAAUGAUUGAGAGUUUGCGGCCCAGCAAUGUCACAGUGAUAGAAAAAUGUGAAGUGAAUUUGGACAACUUCCAAGUAUACAUAAACUCAAUGGUGGUAGCUUUCACUAAUGUGCUAGGCUACGUAGUAGUUGGAACUCUUAUCAACAUUUUAGGCAAAAAACGAAUACUUAAUAUCUUCGCCAUCAUUGGAGGUCUCAUGGGGAUUUCCCUGUAUUUCGCUCAAAAUGUCACUACCACCUUAUUAUUGGCAGCCUUGUAUACCACUUUUGCCAGCGUCUGUGUCAACAUCAUGCUGGCUGUAGUCGUAGACCUGUUUCCAACGACUCUACGGACCAUGUGUGUCUCCCUGACCAUGAUGACGGGUCGAAUGGGACCAAUGAUAGGAAACUUAGUUUUUCCCUAUCUGUUGGCCUCAGGAUGUGAGUCACCUUUUUUCUUCGUCGGAUGUGUCCUGAUAUGCUGCGCCUUUUUAUCCUGCGUACUACCCAACACCGACUUAAAAUCCUUGAAAUAGAAAUAUUGUUAUUUACUUUGUUAUAUUUAU